AUGACAGCUCCAAACAUGGCUGCCAUCACUGCAUCCCUCGAGCGUUCCUUCCAAAACUGUUCCCUCAACCACCACCACCACGCCGCCGCCGAUACCGAGAGAUCCUCCAGCUCCGACGAGACCGACGCGCCGGAUCAUCACCGUCGUCAUCAGCAGCAGCAGCAACAACAGCGCCAAAACCCUCAUCUCCCACCUCUGCAUUCUUCGUCGUCAUCGAACAACAACUAUGACGCAGCUAUCGAGCUCAACUCCGAUGUCUCCCUCCCUUACCACUGGGAGCAAUGCCUCGAUUUAAAGACAGGGGAGAUAUACUACAUAAACUGGAGGAAUGGGAUGAGAGCAAAUGAAGAUCCAAGGAUAACACCGCAAGAGUACAUGAAUGGAGAUUACUACUACUCGGAUGACGAUGAUGAAGAUGACGACGAUGAUGGUAGCUCUUCUUGCGACAGCGAUGAGUCGUCACCUUGUACCUCGAGAGACCAUUACAACAAUAACAGUAAGGUGGAGAAAGAAGGUAACAACAAUGUGUUGGUUGUUGCAGGAUGCAAGAGAUGCCUGAUGUACUUCAUGGUCCCUAAACAGGUUGAGGAUUGCCCCAAAUGCUGUGGCCAUCUCCUUCACUUUGAUAGAUCUGAUAGCAAUGGCUCCCCUUGA